UCGAGGGGCUACUUGCUGCCAUCGGCGAUCAUGCUGGCCGUUGAGGUGGUGGACGACAGCCGCCUGGAUCAUCUUCCAGCGAGACCCCCGACACCCCCUCAAAGAAAAGGGUCCGAAUGCGAUGCCCAGCUGAGAUUGGCACCCGAGACCGUCGUUGCACUCCGAAACCUCCAUACACCACCAAACGCAAAUACUCCUUCGGCACUAGGGAGUUCUCGCCGGAAGAAGGUCGAGUUUUCGGCGCAGACUGAAUACAGAGAGCCGCUUGAAUACCAGGGCAACGAGAAUGUCCGCCGCCAACGAACCCCCGCGUCCAUACCGCAUCUUUCGGCCCCCGUCAAGUCCAUACUAAAAGUCACAUCCUCACCUGCGCCGAAUCCGCUUGAUCCAGCAAACGGCUGCAGCCCUGGCGGCAUCAAUCUGCCUAGUAUGCUGGAAUCAUCUCUCGCCGAACUAGCCGGCAACGACCGUGACGCCAAGGUCGAUGCCUAUACCAUGAUCGUCCGGGCGCUCAAGAUCUCCAACAACCUCCCCGAUCGCAUCGCUUUGCAAGACAAAAUGCCACUGUUUAUGCAGUUCAUCCAGCGUGAUAUCUCGACAAAUAACGGGGACGUUUCUCUGGUCAACCAUGCCUACCGCCUGCUUACCACUUUUCUUCACUUUCCUGCCAUUGCCUCUACCAUCGAAAAUGAGUCCGCCGUCUUUGUAAUCGACCAUUGCAUCAAAAUCCUUACAGAUGCGUCACUUUCGAAAGAAAUGGCCAAGAAUGUCCUCCUGAUCCUCUCAGCGCAAAGCUUCUCGCUCAAGGUCAUGACCUCGGAUCGUGUCGGAAAAGUUGUCACAGCCUUGCACUCCAUUCCAGACAGUAUCAUGGAUAACAAGAAUGCGUUCAUUGGCCGUAUGUCGGCAUACAGGAAUUUAGUCAAAAGAUACAAGGCUUCGAUGGUUCAACAUUCGGAAUGGUUGCUCGACUUUUUCAUGGCCAUGGUCACGACCAAGAAGGAGGUCCUCCCUGAGAUCAUACGUUAUGUCGAAGACAUAACCUUUAUGCUCUGCACGGAGAAGCAUUUUGUUCGGAAGGUGCUUGCAUUCCUUCAGCAACCAUUUCCCACCCAGGAUUCAAGCUCGUUUGUCGAGUGGUUUGAGGGCAAGCUUCAGGAGAUGUUGUUGAACCAAGAGACAUGCCGUUUUGUUCCCGUCACCUGGAGUGUUGUGACUCUGCUGCUACCCAACAUCGGUGAAUGGGACUUGUUCACCAAAUGGAUGAGACUCAUAAUGGCCUGUUUCAACCACAAACUGAUUCAUGUUCAAAUUGAGGCCAAUCGUGCCUUUCCCCGGCUUGCAUAUGCUUUUUUGAAUGGCAAUCCCUCUGUUGGUAAGAAGCACCUAAGCCUGCUCUGCUCGCCAUACAACGCCGCUCAGAAACGUGCGGCUGGCGUCGGGAAGGAAUUCGAUGAGCUAGCCGAAGCCAUCAUCAACGGCAUAUACGCAUUGCUAUUUUUGAUCUUCAAGCCCCCUUCUGCGCCGGUCAAGCAAGGCGACCUGGAGCGUUAUUGGGAUCAAGCCCUUACACCAGUCAUGCGAAGACUUAUGGAAAAGAAGAUGAAUGGCAGAGACACAUCCGCGCAUGUCAUCGUUAUUUUGACUGGGCUUUUCGACUGCUCUAUCCAGAGAGUGUGGAACCCGGAGCGCAUCUUUGACCGUUCCCCUAUCAGUCCUACAGAGUUGCUCGCCAUCGACCCCAAGUGGCUUCGACGUAACUCUGGGAGAGUGUUUACUGUUCUAGAGCCGAUACUGAGAAAGUCUUACCAAGAGCUGUCAAACACUAGGAGUGCGACUCAUGCUCUAUGGCGUGCCCUCCUUGGAGCCGUGGCCACAGCGGGCUCCAAGGAGAUCAAGGUCUCUGCCGAAACUGCUGGCUUCUUGGGUCAUGCCAUCGGGCUUCUUGGGAGAAUUUGGGCCGAUGGUGUGCCAAUGCUGCAAUGUCAGAGCGGGGGCUCUGUGCAAUUCCUGGCCAGCACCAGAGAAUAUAUUCUGGUGAUGACCGACAAGCUUGGACGCUUGCCCUUUACGGAGAAGGUAUUGGCAAUGGACCAAGAUAGAACCUUUGUCCCUUCAACGCCGUCACAACGCUUUGGCAAACAUCAAAAAAGCUCGCGAGCCACUAUUCAUCACAUGUUCUUGAUCUUGGUCCACCUCCCGCCAGGUGUACUAGACAACGAUGAUCUCGUUGACUUUUUUCGAACAGUCUUCACUCCUUUGCUCAACGCGAGAGACGCGCAAGCUCGCAAGAGCGCAGCUCAGGAGUUGAUCCAGCUUAUUCCCGCAGACGCUCUAUGCCCAGCAGCGCCUUGGUCUUUUGUUGCUGAGCUGAUUGCUGCGGGGAUGGAAUCAGCAAGCAUCCACAGUACCCCUAGCAGCUUGGGCAACGAUGUACUGCUUGGACAGGAGUAUCGAGAAGUUGUCAAGAUUCUGGAGCGAGGUCUGAGGCGUACUCAAAACCUUCCUUGGCCGAGAUGGCAAUCUUUGUACGACUCCUUACACAAGCAGGUACGGCAAGCAGCCGGGGAUGCUGGAGUUGCAAUUAUUCUCAUCGAACCUUUAGCAAAGAUUCUUUUGGACGAGCUUCCAGAAGAUGGGUCGCUACCGUUGCGUAGCGUUGGAGGUUUCAUCGAUCUAAUCUCUUCGGCCACACAGCCGCGGGAUCGACAAGCUCUAGAUGUCGCUCGCCGCAAUCUUUGGGGCACUUCAGCUACAGGCUCCAGAUCCGUAUUGUAUGCUCCUUUUGAAAACCUCUACAGCCUUGCGAAUUCGGUACUGGUUCGUCUUUACAGCCUAAAGGAAGACUCAGAGGAUGCAGAAAAUGCUACAGUUACCUGUUUAAAUGAAGUCGAAAAGUUUCUCGGCAGAUGCACACGACAGCUUGAACUUCAAACCCUAAGUACAUUACAGCUAGGUCUUGUUCCCUGGAUUCGGGAUGAGAAUACUCGACUCAACAGCCGUCUGUCGAUACCGGCUGUCGAAGUAGCAAAAUCUCUUUGGGAUCGUGUCUUAGUUCUUAUAAGCACUAUCGACACCCAUGAAAAAUUGCCUCUUGCCGCUUUAGAGGAUCUUUUGUGCGCUGCCUUCGAGAGCAAACACAGACAUAUUGUCAAUUCAGUAUCGACUCUAUGGAACAAGAUGGUUGAGAACGCCGAGAACAUAUCAUACCCCGAUAAAUUGAAGGCCGUCCUGGUCUCUCGACAUCAUUUCAUAGAUAUUAACCUUCCCGGAAUCGACUUGUCCCAAAGCACAGCAUCUGCUGCACAUGCACAGGGGCUAGACAUGAUUGACACCCAAGAGGACAUGAACAUGUUGAAUACGGACUCAACAAAGUCAAUAUCACUCGUAAAGAAGGGUUUAACCCCGGUUAAGACUUCCGUGAGCAGAAGACAAAGUCCUAGAAAAACACCGUCCGCUUCGAGCGGGAUCAGGAAGUCGUCAGUGAAUAAGCGACGGAAAGCAAAAGCAAGCCCCAGGCUGCGUCACGAUGACUCGCAGGUCGAUUUCGCCCCUAUCGAUUCGUCGCCUUCUGCAGUGACUUUUGAUUCCCAAGUCCUCACUGAGCGGCAGAAGGAGGUUCGGGCGAGACAGAAGGCCGCAGCUGCUAUGUUGCCCGAGAUUGUGGAUGAUGAGGUGCAAAAUAUCAACAACUCUGUAUCAGGUCCUUCCCUGCAGCCGGUGCCGCAACCGUCAUCCCCGGCCAACCGGGACUUGCCUCGGGCGUCUACGCCUGAGAAGACUGGAAUAUUCGAUGACUAUGUCAGUUCCACGCCCACCCCUCGGCGUGGCCAGCUUCUGCACAUAAUCGACAUUGACAACACCGAUCCGCCAUCAUCGCCACCGGAGCCCAGGAGAUACCCACUGAUCCCUGAACUCAAUGUUAGGGGUAGCAAUAGCGGUCUUGUAGACGAUUGGCAACUGUCGUCAUCUCCGCCGUCUGGCACUCCUGAACCUGAGCCUGACAUAUCAGAAGGGCCGGCUGCUAUGCUGGUGCACUACGACGUCGACAGUGAAAUGAUUAUCGACGAGACUGAGUACGAUCUCGGACGGAGUGAGGAGGUCUUAGAACCAGUGGAUGAGAAACGAGACUCUGUCAACAAAUCCACACCCUCGAGACAACAGCGGUCUGCCAAUAGACAUACAAGACAGUCUACGCGACUAUCGCUACCAGCUACUCCACGCCGGAGCCGCCGGUUCAACAAAUCUGCCCAGGGGUCCCCCAAAUUGGACGAUGAUGUAUCUGUCGAUGCUUUAAUCAGUCCAAAAGCGGUUUUGUCCCCGACAGAUCCCACGCCGACGGAUGACACAUCCUUUGAACAAAGCAUGCUCAGGCUUGUGGUUGAACUAGACAGCCAGGAUCGACCAGUCACGAACUUUGUUGAGCCUACACCUUCGCCUGAAAAGAACACUACUGUGCAGUCAAGCUGCGCUGCUGUUCAGGAUGCUCACGACGAAAUUCAGCAACACAGCAACUCAAGUACUGCUCAGUUGGAAUGCAUUACCGUGGGUCGGAAGCACUUGAGACGGGGACGCGGACGACCUCCCAAAUCAAAAGAAGGCUCAGCGUCACAAUCGACUGAACCUUCUGAAAUUUUGGAGCCUAAUUUGGAAGACACGCCUGAUCUGUCUCCUAGCAAACAGAAGCGAAAGAGGCAAUCAUCAUCCGUGGCCGAGGAUAGUGCCAACAUAAGUCCCAAGAAACCCAAGCACCGACAAGCCUCGGAGAGCCAACACGAGAUCCCCGACAGUCAGGCGACGGGUCAGCUGGCAGUCCCAGGGGCAACAUCACAAGCGAGGACUAGAGGUGCGACGGCACGAGGAAAACACGCAUAUCAGACAGUCGCCGCUGCCGAAUGUUCGCAGCAGGAAGUUGAAGAGGGGCUGGAUGUCAUUCCCGACGGCGGUGUAGUAGCAGACACCGAGUCGCAGAUUCAAUCGCAGAUUGCGCUAGAGGAGGCGGAGAGCCGAAAGGCGGAAAGAAUCAUCACGCACGAGGAGGCUCACGGGGCCAUGGUGAUAGAGAUCUCCAACCAGGUCUCAGCUGCGGGCGUUGCCCUUGCAGAAGUCUCAGAAGAGCAGAGUAAGUCCAAUAAGUCGGCCAAGUCGCCAUUCGCAACUAUUUUGGCGAUGCUGAAGGGAGGCUUGGGAGCCCUUCGGGGGGCGGAAUUGUCCAGAAGCGAGGUGUCAGAGCUUGAGGACAUUUGUAUGGAUUUCAAACGUGAGCUAUAUGCUGCAGAGAAAAGGGGCAGAGCUUGA